AUGUCAAAGCUGCAGAGAAUAUUAAUUGUAGAACCUUACUAUGGUGGAAGCCACAAGCAGUUCAUUGAGACCUUAUUGCCGCUCUCUGUCAACUACGAUGAUUUCAAGUUGUACGAUAUGAAGGCGAAAAAGUGGCACUGGAGGGCACGAACCAGUGCACUGUACAUGUCACAGGUGGUGGACCGAGAGGACACAAAGUUCGACAUUCUCUUCGCCAGUUCAGUGCUCAAUCUCAGCGAAUUUCUGUCUUUGCGACCGGAUUUAGCAAAGAUUCCCAUCAAGAUAAUCUACUUUCAUGAGAACCAACUAGUUUAUCCGAUUCAAGCGCAAAAAGAACGCGAUUUUCAGUACGGUUACAAUCAGUUUCUUUCUUGCCUAGUCGCCGAUCAGGUGGUGUUCAACUCAAACUACAAUCGAGACUCUUUUCUGCUUGCUAUUAAACCGUUUCUCAAAAUGAUGCCUGACUAUCGUCCGCCGAAUCUGGACGAUUUGAUUCGAUCAAUUAAGGAAAAGUCUCGCGUGCUCUACUUUCCGAUCAAAUUUUGUCACGUUCCGCUGAUGCACACACAGACCAGAGAAAAGACUGUAUUGCAUAUCAUUUGGCCUCAUCGAUGGGAACACGACAAGAAUCCCGAAUCUCUUUUUCGAAUUUUGUACACGCUUAAAGAGCACAAUAUCCGCUUUAAAGUUUCGGUUCUGGGCGAAUCAUUCUCGCAAGUUCCUGCUAUUUUCGAUGAAGCCAAGAAGAAGCUUGCCGAUGAGAUUAUCAAUUGGGGAUUUUGUACAUCAAAGGACGACUACUACCAAAUACUAUCCACUGCCAACGUCGCCUUGUCAACUGCAAUCCAUGAAUUUUUUGGCGUCUCAAUGCUUGAAGCAGCUUAUUGCGGUUGCUAUCCACUUUUGCCCGCUCGUCUAGUUUAUCCUGAACUAUUCCCAGCGCACUAUCUCUAUGAAACGGAGGAAGCGUGCGUUGAUAGACUCAAGCAGUUCGCGGAUUGCCCUGAGCGCAUUCCAAUGCCCUUGGACAUUGCAUUCUCUCGGAUCGAUUGGACUUAUAUUCGAGAAGACUACAUGCGUCUGUUAAGUGCCAAGCCUCUACAAUCCUCCACAGUAAACAAUCAUAGCAGCAGCAACCACACGAACUACCUCACAGUUCCUGAAGACAACUAA